AUGUCACGAGAAGAGCUCAUUGUUCUGCGAAAGACUCUCACUGAGCUACUCGACAAGGGUUUCAUUCGAGCAAGUAGUUCUCCAGCGUCAGCACCAGUUUUGUUCAAAGACCGAUAUCCCUUGCCGUUGAUCGAGGAAACUUUGCGGUCGCUGUCCAAGGCCAAGUGGCUCACCAAACUUGACGUUAUCGCAGCAUUUCACAAGAUUCGCGUCGAGGAGAGACGAGUGGAAGACAGCAUUCAGAACACGUUACGGACUCUACGAAUGGCUUAUUUCCUCGACGAGUUCUGUUCCGCUUACAUUGACGACAUCUUGAUCUACUCGAGCGGUUCGCUCGCAGAUCAUCGCAACAAAGUCAGGCAGGUCCUUGCUCGACUGCGAGAUGCAGGCCUGCAGAUUGAUAUCGACAAGUGUGACUUUGAGGCAAAGAGUGUCAAGUACCUGGGCUUCAUCGUCGAAGCCGGGAAAGGUAUCCGCGUGGACCCGGAGAAGGUGCAGGCAAUUCAGCAGUGGCAGCGACCCCGUUCUGUCAAAGGCGUCAGAAGCUUUCUGGGGUUUGCCAACUAUUACCGGCAAUUCAUUCCCAGAUUCUCCAACAUCGCCGCGCCUCUAACGGCGUUAACAAAGAAGGAUGCGGUGUUUGCGUGGUCGAAGGAGUGCGACAAGGCCUUCGAGGAGUUGAAGGCUCUUCUGACCAGUGCGCCGGUCCUUGCGCAAUGGGAUCCGGAUAGAGAGACGAUUGUGGAGACGGAUUCAUCCGGUUAUGUCACAGGAGGGGCGCUCUCGCAAAAGGGCGAUGACGGCAUCAUGCGGCCUGUGGCCUUCUUCUCAAAGAAAAACGCACCGGCGGAGUGCAACUACCCAAUCCACGAUAAAGAGCUGCUGGCGAUCAUUCGCUGCCUUGAGCAUUGGGACGCCGAAUUGAAGAGUGAAGUCCUUUACCGUUUUGACGGAUCAUCUCAACCUCCGUUACUUCACCAGAAGCAGCAACUGAGUGAACGUCAGGCGCGAUGGGCUGAGACGCUAUCGCGGUACAGCUUCACCAUCAAGCAUCGACCGGGCAAAGAAGCCGUCGUACCGGACACGCUGUCUCGACGAGAACAGGACAUGCCGCACAGCGCCGAAGAUGAUCGGUUGCAAGGACGACGUGUUCAGCUGCUGCAACGUAACAAGGGUGGCCUGGUGACAAAAGUCAAGAGCGGUUAUGUCACCAAGGGCGACACGGAUCAACCCGAUGACGCAACAACUGACCAAGACGACUCAAUCGAAAACCCUUUCUCGGACCCGGAACUGCAGAAGUUAUGGGACGAAGGUGUCAAGCACAAUCGUUAUUGGCUCAUCCGAAGGCCGUACAGCAAGGCGAGAGGCGUCUGCCGUCGCAUUGGGGACUGCCCGUGA